AUGGCACCGAUCCCUGGAUCUGCCAUAGUGAAGCCUGAAUUAGGAGAUAAUUUCAUUGUUAAAGGAAACCACAUGAAAAUGAUUCAAGAAAACCAAUUUGAUGGUAAAUUUCUUUCUGAUCCAUAUAAACAUAUCGCAGAUUUCGAGGAAAUUUGUGAAAUGUUUAAAUAUGGUAGAGACAUGGUAGAACCGGUUAAGCUACGUUUUUUUCCGUUAUCUUUAACAGGGGAAGCUAAACUUUGGUUUAAUGGAUUAGAAAAAGGGUCAAUUGAUUCUUCGGAUGAAAUGAAAAGAGUUUUUGCAAAUAGAUUUUUUCCACCCGAUUUGCAACAAAAAACUCUUUUCUCGCGGAACACUCACUUAAUGGGGCUAUUUGAAUUGGAAGACAACGACAAAAAUGAGAAUUCCCAAAUUCUACUUGAUGCGGCUGGUGGAGGAAAAUUUUUAUACAAAAGCGCAAAUGAUGCUUAUCAAGUCAUGGAGGACAAAGUAAUGAUGAGAAUGUCAAAGACCAAGGUUGAGGAAGGGAAAUCAAAGGCAGUAUCGUUCAUGGAAGCAAAGGAAGAAUGUUCAAGGAUGGAGGCAAAGUUUGAUACUAUGAUGAAUUUGUUCACUAACAAAUUCGACAGCCUAGAAAAAGAGAUGAAUAAUCUGAAAUAUGGUUACUCACAUGGUGGGGCAAGCUGGGGUCAAAACCGCAACCAAGGGAAUUUUACCAAUGGUUUUAAUUCUCACUCAAACAUUUUCCCUACAAGAUACCCUAGAAACAACCAAGAUAUCCAAAACCAACCCAACCAAAAUUUCCUAAAUCACCAACAAAGACCACAUAAUGAAGUACCCAUACAACCAACCCAAAAGUCAAAUGAGGAAACCACUUUAACAUCACUUGAAGCAACAAUAAAAAACUUCACGAAUUUUCAAAAAACAACCAACCAGGAACUUUUCAGGAGACUUGAUAUCCUCAGAGCCAACCACGAACAAGGCCUUCGUAAUCACCAAGCAUCUAUAACUUAUUUGGAAAAGAAGUUGGAUCGCAUAAGUGAAACAUCAACAUACAGACCAACUGGCUCACUACCCAGCAAUACACAACCAAAUCCGAGACCCUCAAGCUCAAAUUCAAACUCAAACCAAACAUAUAAGCCCCCUCCCGCUAGAACCGAGCAUGUAAAUGCUAUUUUUACAAGGGCUGGUAACAUUUACCAAACUAACAUUGAAAGUGAAGCUCCUACCGAUUCACCGAAACUUGUAUCCGAACCUGUAGAAGAUGACUUCACCGACGAUGAAAGUGUGGCAGAAGAGAUUGAAAUGGAGCCAAAACCAACAGAAAAGAGGCCAAUUGUUUCCACUGAACCAGUUAAACCACCGCUGAAGGCGUACAAACCAAAGAUUCCAUACCCACAACGCUUGAGAAAGGAGAAGAUGGUGGCAAGAUAUGGCAAAUUUCUUGAGAUGAUCAAAGCAAUUCGCAUCAAUAUGCCAUUAGUUGAUGUACUUGCAGGGAUGCCAAACUAUGCUAAGUUCAUCAAAGAAUUGUUGAACAACAAGGACAAGUUGGAGGAAGUGUCUGCAACAUUUUUGAAUGAAGAAUGCACAGUCAUUUUGCAGAAUCAGAUUCCACCAAAGCUUGACGAUCCAGGGAGUUUCAUAAUUACUUGUUCUUUUGGAAACAUAUUAACUUGUGAUGCGUUAGCGGAUUUAGGGGCUAGCAUAAACUUGAUGCCUUAUUCUUUAUAUGCUAAAUUGUCCUUAGGAGCAUUAAAACCCACGGGAAUGAGCAUUAGAUUAGCUGACCGCUCAUUUCAAUAUCCGUUAGGCAUAGCUGAAAAUAUGUUGAUAGAAGUUGGACGUUUCAUAUUUCCAGUUGAUUUUGUUAUACGUGAAAUGGACGAGGAUAGUAAAGUACCAUUAAUCUUAGGGAGACCUUUUCUAUACACCGCUGAUGCAAUAAUUCGUGUAAAAGAUAAGGAAUUAACCUUAGGUGUUGGAGAUGAUAGAAUGGCCUUUAAUAUUGAUAAAGCAAUGAAACACUCAUAUUCUACUGAUGAUACAUGCUUUCGUGUUGAUGUGAUUGACGAAAAUGUGAAUGACUGCACGUAG